GUGAGUGAUUGACUGGGAGCGGCGGGGAGUAAUGGCCGCUGCCUGUGGUCGGUUAGGGCGGUGUUGCUCGGUGAGGCUCGCGUUGCAGUCAGUCCGAGCGUGUCCGGUCGUGGCUCGUGGAUAUGCCAAGAAGGCGGCUGUCAAGGGGAAAGGAAAGAUGGGAGUUAAAGAAGUUCUACAAGGUCCAGAGGUUUGUAAGGAUCCUGAAAUUUUGACCACGCAUGCUGUGGGAGUCAAUAUUUAUAAACAAGGCAAAGAUCCAGAACUACGGCCAGACGCAGAAUACCCUGAGUGGUUGUUUAGGUUGCACCUUGGUCCACCAAAGAGUUUGGAUGAACUAGACCCGGAAUCUUGGGAAUACUGGAAACUGAUUAGAAAACAGCACAUGUGGCAACACAACAAAGUUCACAAAGGAAAGAAACUCUAGAAAAAUCUUAAGGAUAUUGGACUCGGAGAUCCAUUUCCCAACAAUGAGGAUUGCAGUCUGAAGGAGAGAAUUCAAUUCACAGACAUCCUGUGCUACUUACACUGAAGAAAGUGAGGACUGCAGAUGCUGGAGUUCAGAGCUUAAAAAUGUUUUGCUGGUAAAGCACAGCAGGUCAGGCAGCAUCAGAGGAACAGGAGAAUCGACGUUUCGGGUGGGCUUAUGCCAGAAACGUCGAUUCUCCUGUUCCUUUGAUGCUGCCUGACCUGCUGCACUUUUCCAGCAACACAUUUUUAAGCUACUUGCACUGAAACCAACAAUCAAACACACAGGAGUGUAUUCUGAUGGAAUUGUGUCUGUGUUCCUUGAACAUGGGUAACGUGAUUCAGACAGUGACACUUGGGAAAAAUGUGCUUCACAUUUUCAUUUACUGAUGAAUGAUGAAGAAUAAAAAUAGCAAUUUACAAAAGUA